AUGAUGACUUCGAUGGCAAUCAUGAUGACGACGUCGUCGGCACUGGUGACGAAUGAGACGGCGGUGGUGGCGACAUCGGCGGCGGAACCGACCUUACCACCCAUCGAUUCGUAUAAUCUAUUCGUCUACUCAAAUUCCUGUGAUCCACGGCUGCUAGAGAGUUAUGAUGCUCAGCAAGACGUUGUGUCGGACAACUCACACAUUGCACUAUUGGUGUUCGCAGCAAUUGCGGUGGUGUUAGAGGCGGUGGCAUUAACAGUACUCGCUCGUCCUGCAGCCACACGCUUUGGAUCCAUGCAACGCAGCCUAGUGGCACUUACAGCUAUGGAGAUCAUUGCUCUCUCCACCUUCCGUCUUGUCAUACGUCAAGUCCUCGUAUGCACCAAUCUUGACAAUGUGGUGCUCCAUGUUCGCAGUGACCAGACUUCUUGGCUUCAAGUCGUUAGUGAAAAAAUAUUCUUUGCUUAUCAGUCUGCCAUUCCCAUCACUGUGGUGACUAUAGCAACAAUAUUCAUGAUUGUGGUGCUACUGAGACAUCGCGUGCCGUCAGAACGACGAAAGGAGCAACGGUGGAGUGUGGAAAGGAAGCCAACUCAAAAGGAAGGCCGGAAUUGGAAGUGUUGGCGAGGUGGUCGAUCGACACCAAGAGAUGAUGGUGGUGGCUGUGUGGUACCUUCGUUACAGGCGGUGCGACAAGCACAACGACUCCCCAACCAGAUGCGCGCCACGCGUUUUAUCCUCUUUAUUGCCACUGUCUUCAUCGCCUGCGAGGCGCCAGUCUUCUUUGCUGUGGUCUGUGUAAACAGUAUGUCUCCAACAGUGGUGAUUUGGGUAUUUACCUACCUACGUUUCCUCAUCAUCGCUGACUCCUUUGCAAAUUUUGUCAUCUACCUCCUUACUAGCCGACCCUUCCGCGUGGAGCUGGUAAACUUGCUGACGUGCCGAAGGCGCCGAGAUCCCCUAAGUUCCACAAGUUUGCCCACUUCCAACCAACUUCAACCCUCAAGGACAAGUGUGCAACAAGUAUAG